CUACCCACUGUCCCCAACAGGGCGCAACGUUGUCGCAGUCGCCCAAUUCGUCUUGUCAUCCGUGCAAGGCUUCCGCACGGUCAGUGUGUGUUGUUGUCCCACUCGUAGGGUAUCGUCGUCCAUUAUGAUAAGCAGGUCUCAUCUAGCUCCUGAAAAGCUUGAACUGUUGUGUGAUUUGUUAACGCAGGCAUGCCCCGAGACGCCCCCUUUCUGCAACAUACUUUAGCUUUCUCGUCGCGUGCGGUGUUCUCCUACCGCAUUUACUCCAGCCUACCACGAUACGAUCGCUCGGCAUCCCGAGAUUAGAUUCUUUUCCUGCCUUCCAGAACAACAACAUGCCGAUAUCGGUUAUUUAUUUCUAUCUGCGCCGUCCAGAUGUUACUCCGGAGCACUUUCGAUCUUAUAUGGAAGAAACGCAUGUACCAUUGAUCAAAGAAGUGUUUGAGAUGCACCCACCGCAGUCUCUAAGGUUGCGUUACAUAGUGCGCGUCAAGACUGGGGCUGGUGACCGGUUGGGCGCUGUCACAUCAAGCAGAGGACGAGCGGAUCCAGAUGCGCCAGUCGUCCUGGUCGGGUCGCCUAAGGAUGUAGAUUGGGACGCAAUUGGAGAGAUGGUUUUCCGCGAUGAGCUGCACGUCCAGCAAUGCCUAGCGGUGAUGAACGGUCCAGGUGGGCAGCGGAUUAAAGAGGACGAGGAAACCAUUGCGAUAACGGAGAAGACCCGGGUGGUACUCAUGGGCGAGGAGAGCAAUUUCAUGUAAACUGCAGAGGCGCACACGUGCGUAGCUAGAGGCGGAUGGAAUUUUAGGGUAUGUCAACGAGACAAAGCACAACGGUCACUGGCUUCUAUCGGAGGAAUGCGCGAUCUACUAUCAAUACAGUUAACGACCCCAAGGGUUUGAUUCUCCUGGUUGUUUCGUACAUGAAGAUGCUCUGACGUCUCCGACAACACGCGAGGGGGUGGCUCAAGUGACUGUAGAAAGUUGCAGUUUGAUAAAGAAUAACGAGGCUGGUUCCAAUCAC